UCGGCGCUGGAAGGAAGCAGUCGUUUGCUCUGAACCCAGCGGCUGCGCUGGGGUAUGCGGUACCUGCUAGCGUGGCUGCUGCACCCCGCUUUGCCCAGCACCUUCCGCUCGGUCCUCGGCUCCCGCCUGUCGCCCCCGGAGCGCCUCUGUGGUUUCCACAGUAAGACCUACAGUAAAAUGAAUAAUCCGGCUAUCAAGAGACUAGGAAAUCACAUAAUCAAAUCUCCUGAAGACAAGAGAGAAUACCGUGGGCUAGAGCUGGCCAAUGGCAUCAAAGUACUUCUCAUCAGCGACCCCACCACCGAUAAGUCGUCAGCUGCACUUGAUGUACACAUAGGUUCAUUGUCAGAUCCUCCAAAUAUUGCUGGCUUAAGUCAUUUUUGUGAACAUAUGCUAUUUUUGGGAACAAAGAAAUACCCUAAAGAAAAUGAAUACAGCCAGUUUCUCAGUGAGCACGCGGGAAGUUCAAAUGCUUUUACUAGUGGAGAGCAUACCAAUUACUAUUUUGACGUUUCCCAUGAACACCUAGAAGGUGCCCUAGACAGGUUUGCACAAUUUUUUCUGUGCCCCUUGUUUGAUGAGAGUUGCAAAGACAGAGAGGUGAAUGCAGUUGAUUCAGAACAUGAGAAGAAUGUGAUGAACGAUGCUUGGAGACUCUUUCAGUUGGAAAAGGCUACGGGGAAUCCCAAACACCCCUUCAGCAAAUUUGGGACAGGUAACAAAUAUACUCUAGAGACUAGACCAAACCAAGAAGGCAUUGAUGUAAGACAAGAGCUACUUAAGUUCCAUUCUACGUAUUAUUCAUCCAACUUAAUGGCUAUUUGUGUUUUAGGUCGAGAAUCUUUAGAUGACUUGACUGAUCUGGUGGUAAGGUUAUUUUCUGAAGUAGAGAAUAAAAAUGUCCCAUUGCCAGAAUUCCCUGAACAUCCUUUUCAAGAAGAACAUCUUAGACAAAUUUACAAAAUAGUACCUAUUAAAGAUAUUAGGAAUCUUUAUGUGACAUUUCCCAUACCUGACCUUCAGAAAUACUACAAAUCAAAUCCUGGUCAUUAUCUUGGUCAUCUCAUUGGGCAUGAAGGUCCUGGAAGUCUGUUAUCAGAACUUAAAUCAAAGGGCUGGGUAAAUACUCUUGUUGGUGGGCAGAAGGAAGGAGCCCGAGGUUUUAUGUUUUUUAUCAUUAAUGUGGACUUGACUGAGGAAGGAUUAUUACAUGUUGAAGAUAUAAUUUUGCACAUGUUUCAAUACAUUCAGAAGUUACGUGCAGAAGGACCUCAAGAAUGGGUUUUCCAAGAGUGCAAGGAUUUGAAUGCUGUUGCUUUUAGAUUUAAAGAUAAAGAGAGGCCACGGGGCUAUACCUCUAAGAUUGCGGGAAUAUUGCAUUAUUAUCCCCUAGAAGAAGUGCUCACAGCUGAAUAUUUACUGGAAGAAUUUAGACCUGAUUUAAUAGAGAUGGUUCUCGAUAAACUCAGACCAGAAAAUGUCCGGGUUGCAAUAGUUUCCAAAUCUUUUGAAGGAAAAACUGAUCGCACAGAACAAUGGUAUGGAACCCACUACAAACAAGAAGCUAUACCAGAUGAAGUCAUUAAGAAAUGGCAGAAUGCUGACCUGAAUGGGAAAUUUAAACUUCCAACAAAGAAUGAAUUUAUUCCUACGAAUUUUGAGAUUUUAUCUUUAGAAAAAGAAGCAACACCAUACCCUUCUCUUAUUAAGGAUACAGCUAUGAGCAAAUUGUGGUUCAAACAAGACGAUAAGUUUUUCUUGCCGAAGGCUUGUCUCAACUUUGAGUUUUUCAGCCCAUUUGUUUAUGUGGACCCCUUGCACUGUAACAUGGCCUAUUUGUACCUUGAGCUCCUCAAAGACUCACUCAACGAGUAUGCAUAUGCAGCAGAGCUAGCAGGCUUGAGCUAUGACCUCCAAAAUACCAUCUAUGGGAUGUAUCUCUCGGUGAAAGGUUACAAUGACAAGCAGCCAAUUUUGCUAAAGAAGAUUAUUGAGAAAAUGGCUACCUUUGAGAUUGAUGAAAAAAGAUUUGAAAUUAUCAAAGAGGCAUAUAUGCGAUCUCUCAACAAUUUCCGAGCUGAACAGCCUCACCAGCACGCCAUGUACUACCUCCGCCUGCUGAUGACUGAGGUGGCCUGGACUAAAAAUGAAUUAAAAGAAGCCCUGGAUGAUGUCACCCUUCCUCGCCUUAAGGCCUUCAUACCUCAGCUUCUGUCACGGCUGCACAUUGAAGCCCUUCUCCAUGGAAACAUAACAAAGCAGGCUGCAUUAGGGAUUAUGCAGAUGGUUGAGGACACUCUUAUUGAACAUGCUCAUACAAAACCUCUCCUUCCAAGUCAGCUGGUUCGGUAUAGAGAAGUUCAGCUCCCCGACAAAGGAUGGUUUGUUUAUCAGCAGAGGAAUGAAGUUCACAAUAACUGUGGCAUUGAGAUCUACUACCAAACAGACAUGCAGAGCACCUCGGAGAAUAUGUUUCUGGAGCUCUUCUGUCAGAUCAUCUCUGAGCCCUGCUUCAACACCCUGCGCACCAAGGAGCAGCUGGGUUACAUAGUCUUCAGUGGUCCGCGUCGAGCCAAUGGCAUACAGGGCCUGCGCUUCAUCAUCCAGUCAGAAAAGCCUCCUCACUACCUGGAAAGCAGGGUGGAAGCUUUCUUAAUCACCAUGGAAAAGUCCAUAGAGGACAUGACAGAAGAGGCCUUCCAAAAACACAUUCAAGCAUUAGCGAUUCGUCGACUAGACAAACCAAAGAAACUGUCUGCAGAGUGUGCUAAAUACUGGGGGGAAAUCAUCUCCCAGCAAUACAAUUUUGACAGAGAUAAUACAGAAGUUGCAUAUUUAAAGACACUUUCCAAGGAAGAUAUCAUAAAAUUUUACAAGGAAAUGUUGGCAGUAGAUGCCCCGAGGAGACAUAAGGUAUCGGUCCAUGUUCUUGCCAGAGAAAUGGAUUCUUGUCCUGUGGUUGGAGAGUUCCCGUGUCAAAAUGAUAUAAAUUUGUCACAAGCACCAGCCUUGCCACAACCUGAAGUGAUUCAGAACAUGACUGAGUUCAAGCGUGGUCUGCCGCUGUUUCCCCUUGUGAAGCCACAUAUCAACUUCAUGGCUGCCAAACUCUGAAGAUUUCCCCACAGUGGCAGAGUGCACGAGGAUGCAUUCCCGAGUCUUCCAGGGCUAGGCAACGGUCUUGGCCACUGUAAUAGUUUCCACUAACUCAGGCAAAGUAAGGAAUGGCGUUUUCAAGUGACAUUUUGCCAGGAUUUCUUUCUGUAGAAUCAUGUAUUUUCACAUCUUACGUUUUCACAUUUGCCAUUUUCCAAAUAAUCUAAAUUUGGGGCAAGAAUGAUAUAACCACAGCUGUGGAGGCUGCUUUGGAAAGUGGGGCUCCAUUUCUAUCACCUAAAUGUGGUGCUGUAACUGUCUUUUUAUCCCUACCUUCAAGAGCUUCCUUGUGGGAAGCCCGUCUUUCUCCAUCAGAAGGCGCGUGAAUCUUCACUUCCUUCUGAUUUUAUGCAUUUGUAGACUAUGCAGCUUUUAAUCAAACUGCAAAUAUAUUAUAUAUAAGAGGGAUCUAAAAUUAGUCGUGAGUGUUUAAGUUCACCACUGUAAGAGUGAAUAAUUGAGUAACUUUUAGCUCUUGUUUAAAAAAAAAUGGAUGAAAUUAAAAAGGGGGGACAUCUGUAAUACUUUCAACAAUAAAGAAAAAAUAAAUUUGUUUUAAAAAAAUGGGUGAAAUUUAACAGUUAUUUUUAUGAGCAAGUCACAUGAAGAAAUCUGAAAAGAAUCACAUGUGGUCUUCCAGGGACAGACGAUUGUUCGUGCUCCAGCAUUGGCUGGUUUCCAGAUUGGAUCAAGAGCCACCAUUGGAUCACUCAGGCACACUAAUGGAUUCAUUUAAAUGGGUCCAAACUGAAGUUCAGGAACAAUAACAGACUCCCCCGGAUACCGCUCUUUACUCAAUGCUUAGUAAAGGAGAUUUGUGCAACAAACUAAGUUAUUAGUCACCUGCGACAUUUUAGAAGAGUCUUCUUUCUGACUAGUUGAUUUGGAAGAGAGCAUGUGACACAGCCAGUGUGGUGGCGUGCUAGGGUAACCUGUUU